UGGAAAUGCUUGCAGAAACCCCGGGGGAGCUGCACACUGAGGGCCACGCCGGAUGGCCCGGGCACCGGACUUUUCAGAUAAACACGUUUAGCACAGAGCUGAAAAACCAUGCGAUGGUCAUGGAUUUUGUGAAGAACAACUGGUUUCCUUCCCAAAGAAGAGCCAAAGUUUGUCUCAUCCACAUGUGCCAAGGUCUUCCGGGUACCCAGCAGGCAGCCAGCAGAUAUGAGAUCCACAGUCAGCUUUUAUCAUCCCCCAAAGAUCCCUCUGCCUGGGAAAGAAAUGGAAGUCUUUUGAGUGCAGGGCUACGUGACACCCACCACUAUAGUACAAGAGAUCAGUUUGCCCUUAACAGCCUCCCAUCGGAUGUUGCAGAGAGGGGGUCAGACUUCGUCAAGGAGACGCUGGCAUCACCACACCCACAGGCGCUUUCCUCCGUGGUCCUUUCGCGGCUGAUCGAGGAGAACGACCCCCGGGACUCGGGGCGGCCGCUGCCCCUGCCGUGCGCGCUGGCGCAGCCUCGGGCCUGCCCGGCGGGGCCCGCCUUCCGCAGGGCCUUCGCCGUGUUUCCGGACCGACGGAGGCUCCCGGCGCCCCCCGAGGACCCAGGCCCCCCGGCGCCAGCGGAGCCCGCGGCGGGCCCGGCCGGCCCGUGCAAAGGCUUCGCGUCCAUCACCAUCACCGCGCGGCGCGUGCGCCCCGCGGCCGGCGGCCCCGCGUGGGAGGCGGGCGGGGACGCGCUGUGCCCCCGAUGCCAGGCCGAGGAGGCCGCGCGCCGGUGUCCCCCGGGCCUGGCCGGCGGCCCCCACCCGCGGCGGCCGCGUGGACCCUUCCCCUGCGCAGACUUCCCCCGGAACGGCCCCCCGGGGAGGCCCGGGAGCCCCGAGGCGCACGCCAGGCUGAGCGCGGGCCGCGGGGGCCCGGGCGCCCACGGGGAGGACCCGGGGGGCGGCUCCCCGUCGGGCCAGGCACCGCUGGUGUUCAGCUCCUGUGUCCACCUGCGCGUGUCCCGGCCGUGCCCCCGGGCCAUCUACUACCUGGACAAGACCCUGUGGGUGCCCGCGGAGCCGGCCCCGGGGCCCCGCGCCGGGACGCACCGGUCCGUGCUGUCGCUCAGCCUCGACUGCAGUUCCCACAGGCCGACGGCAGAUGGAGUCGACGGCACGGCGAACGGAGAGCCAAGGGGCGGAGGCCUGGAGCCCGGGCCCGGCCGGCCACCCCUGCACCUCCCCGGCCCAGCCUGGCUUCCGCCCUGGGGUCCCGCGCCGCCGCCCGACGGCCGGCCAACGGAGAAGCCGGGCCCGGAGCGGGUGUGCCUGGGCACCGGGGGGUUCGCCGACGCGGGCACUCCGCAGCUGGCCGUCAAGAAGAGGAGAGGAGAGCACGCCGGCGGGCCUGGCGGCCAGCUGUCCAUCUGCAUUCCCGGCUGGAGCUGCAGGGCAGUAGAAACAAAAGUAUUUUCUGGAAGCAGCAAGGAACAGCAAGGACAACCCCGUGUGACACUGUCAGCUCCCUCAGUGGAACACAAGCCUUUUAAACACUCUCCUCCCGAUGAGGACAGUUCACCAAGAGACGAUGGUCAGUCUAGUGACCUUUCUGAGCCCACAGAGAGGCAAUCUCCGAGAUUCCUGAUACCCAAAGCCCCUUUGCCUGGGUUUCUCUGUCCCUUCCGAGACUCAUGCACCUCUCCACAAGAAGACAGUGGUGUUCAGAUAGGAAGAGAAUUCCCCAAAGGAGAUUAUACAUGCUGUGACUUAGUUGUAAGAAUAAAAGAAUGCGAGAAAGAGGACCGGGGCACACCAGAGUCCUCAUCUGCACCCCUCUCGCCAGUACCACCCGAUAGACCACAGGCCCCCGACCUGUUGGAAGAUGGUUCUGAGCCUCAGCAGACACCCGCAAGCCCCAUGACCUUGCAGGAAGCACUGGAGGUCCAUAAACCUCAGUUCAUCUCUCGCUCACAAGAACGGCUUAAGAAGCUAGAACACAUGGUCCAGCAGAGAAAAGCCCAGCAGAAGGAGAAGCUGGGGCAGAAACAGAGCUCCUCUCCCAUCCGUGCCAGCAAAAAGCAGUUCACCAUUCCUCAUCCGCUUAGUGAUAACUUGUUCAAACCCAAAGAAAGGCGUAUUUCCGAGAAGGAGAUGCAUAUGCGCUCUAAGAGAAUCUAUAAUAACUUGCCAGAAGUGAAAAAGAAAAAAGAAGAACAGAAGAAAAGGGUGAUCUUACAGAGUAACAGACUCCGCGCUGAAGUCUUCAAAAAGCAGUUACUGGACCAGCUCCUUCAGAGAAACGCGUUGUGACCCCAGGCUGCCCUGAGACCCGCGUGCCCACAGCCGUGAAGACUUCAAGAUGGAUAAGCCAUUAAACUUAGCUGUGUCUUCAAGACAUGACAACUUUUGAUUUUUUUUUUCUACAGGAAGUAUCCCUUCCUGAAUGACCCAAACAAACCCGAAACAAUAAUUGACCAUGAAAUAGGUCAAUCUGUUGCAGGGAAAUCAACCCUAAAUAACCCACUAGGCUUCCUUCCCUUCGUUGAUGGAAUUCUGGACUUUCCCUUGUGCUUCUGAUAUUUCGCCGCAGCAGAAGGCCACGUAGUGUGCUUAGAUUCUGGAGGAGGGGGAGGAAGCGCUUUUUUUUUAUUGUAUUUUUGAUCCAGAGUCCUUGUUUUUGUUGUUCAAAUUCUACAACUUCAAAACCUGAGAAAUCACCUCAAACAUGAACCACCUCAUCCUAGAGGCUGAUUUUUUUUAAAUAAGAAGGCAACAUGCCAAAGACUAAAGAGCAAGUAGACUGGUUUAUUUUCAUGACCCAGAAUGGUCAGACCAGGGAGCUGUCAGCAGUCGCGUCCAUUACCCAACCACAGCACCUCCCUUUGCUCAACUCAAGAGUCGCCAUCAGUGGGCCGAAGGCAGAGCUGACUGAAUGUGUGGGGACUUCAGUGCUUGCUGCAUCACCCCCCCCCAAAAAAAAAGUGAAAUGUCCUUAAUGGUUCCACCUUUGCUAUGUGUUCUUCCAAACGUUAUUUAUAAAUAUUUUAUUCGCGGAGCUAGAAUCAACUGUCUUUUACAACCAAUAAAUGGAAAUGAAUGCAAUUAA